GAUAUGUGAAUGGAAAUCUUCCCUGAACUUGAAUAGUUCACAAGAAUUCCGUCACUAAAUCAACUCGAAAACCCUAAUUUUCAAAUAUGAAUUGUUCUAUCAAGGUAGACAAGAUUCAAGCCAUGAAAAUUUACAAGAAAUCCCAGUUUCUUUACAACUUUGUUCUAUACUCCCUCACUACUGUAAUUUCUUGUUCGUUUAUAUGUUACCCUUUCUGGUUCCCCUCCAUGAACUACCUUUUUUCAGUUUCUUUUCAAAAUAUUUUCUCCUUUUUCUUCACUGCCAAGUUUCUUUUCGUGAUUGGAAAUAUAAUCGUCAUCGUCCUCGUCAGAGAAUUUAUACAGGCAGGCUCAAUUUCAUCUCCAUCGACAGAUAUUUAUGAUGAAUACAUUUCUCAAAUCUGCCGGAGUUACAGGGCACCUGCACGGUCCAAUUAUAUACAUGCAAACAAGAAAAAGGAGGAGAAAAUGGAAACUGAAGAUAAACUGUUCCAUGCUGAAAGUAAAAAAGUGAAAAUAUGCAGUGGGGCUGUCAUGAAAAGGGAAAAACGAAAGAAAGAAGAGAAGAAAAUUAUACCAACUGGGGAAUUGAAUCGAAGAAUGGAAUCUAAACAGGCAGGCUCAAAUUCAUCUCCAGAGACAGAGAUAUACGACGAAUACCUUGCACCAGCAAACAAGAAAGUACAGAAGGAUAAAAUGGAAAAUACUGAAGAUAAAAUUUUACAUGCAGAAAAGAAGAAAGAAUUGAAAAUGUCCAGUGGGAUCUUGAAAAGGGAAAAGAGAGAUGAAGAAGAGGAGAAUUAUAUUCCUACUGAGGAAUUGAAUCGAAGAGUGGAGGCUUAUAUUGCAAGAGUGAACAGAAAGAGAUUGCUUGAGGCUAAAUCAUUAGUGCGGGGUCAAUAGAGCGUGAGAAAUGGGGAUUUAGUGUAGGAAUUGUAAUGGAAAAAUUAAUUAGGGUUUCUUGAUAUAAAUUGUACUUGAAUCAA